CAAAGAGGCCCCCCCCCCCCCCCCAAAUUGCUGCAUCUGGAAAGCAAGGGAAGGCAGAAGACUGCUAUGGGUUAAGGGCUGCUUUAAUAAGGGCUGUGGCAGGUUGGAUGGUGGGGCAGACAGUGCUAAGGGUUGCUUAUUGGCAGCUCUUACAACUGAACUCCUAAAAUACAGCUGUCCUCGACUUACGAUCACAAUUGAGCCCAAUAUUUAUAUUGUUGCCCCAUUUUAACGACUUUUCUUGUCACAUUUGUUAAGUGAAUCACUGAGGUUGUUAAGUUAGUAACAUGGGUUGUUAAGUGAAUCCAGCUUCCCCAUUGACUUAGUUUGUCAGAAGGUUGCAAAAGGGAAUCACAUGACCCCGGUACGCUGCAUCCUUCAUAAAUAUGAACCAAUUGUCAAUAGAAUAGAAUAGAAUAGAAUAGAAUAGAAUAGAAUUCUUUAUUGGCCAAGUGUGAUUGGACACACAAGGAAUUUGUCUUUGGUGCAUAUGCUCUCAGUGUACAUAAAAAGAAAAGAUACAUUCGCCAAGAAUCAUAAGGUACAACACUUAAUGAUAAUCAUAGGGUACAAAUAAGCAAUCACUGUUAUUAACAUCAGCUGCCUGCAAUUAUUGCAAGUUCAAAUCUCACCAGGCUCAAGGUUGACUCAGCCUUCCAUCCUUUCUAAGCUUGCAACCAAACAGGACUUUUAACUACCGAAUGCAGAAGAUUAGGAAUUAUGGAUAUGAAAUUCAAUUCUUCUCGGAAAUACGUUUCUAUCAGCAUACCAUCAAAAUCCCAAGCUAUGUCGCCACAUAUCAAAUCAGUAGAUGAUAUAAUUGUCCUCGGAAUUAAUCUCAGCAAAUUUAACAAACCUACACAGUUUUUUAUUUGUGUUUUGGGAGUCUUCCUGUUUUAUCUUAUUUAUGGAUAUCUGCAGGAGCUGAUAUUUUCAGUAGAAGGCUUUAAAUCCUUUGGCUGGUAUCUUACAUUAGUACAAUUUGGGUUUUAUUCCAUUUUUGGACUUAUAGAACUACAGCUUAUUCAAGACAAGAGGAGAAGGAUCCCAGGCAAAACCUACAUGAUAAUAGCUUUUCUAACAGUGGGGACUAUGGGUUUAUCAAAUACCUCCUUAGGAUAUCUGAAUUAUCCUACACAAGUAAUCUUCAAGUGCUGUAAACUGAUCCCAGUUAUGAUAGGAGGAGUCUUUAUACAAGGGAAACGUUACAAUAUUGUAGAUGUUUCUGCUGCAGUAUGUAUGAGCUUGGGCUUAAUAUGGUUUACUCUAGCUGAUAGCACAAUUGCACCAAAUUUCAACUUGACAGGAGUGGUCCUUAUAUCUCUUGCCCUCUGCGCAGAUGCAAUUAUAGGAAACGUGCAAGAAAAAGCAAUGAAAUUGCACAGCGGUUCUAAUUCCGAAAUGGUUUUGUAUUCCUAUUCAAUAGGUUUCCUGUACAUUUUAUUGGGACUGACAUGUACUGCUGGCCUAACUCCUGCAGUAACAUUUUGUUCAAAGCGCCCAGUUCAAACAUACGGCUAUGCAUUCUUAUUCUCCUUGACUGGCUAUUUUGGAAUCUCUUUUGUCUUGGCUUUGAUUAAAAUCUUCGGAGCUCUUUUAGCUGUAACAGUUACAACUGGAAGAAAAGCAAUGACAAUUGUCCUUUCUUUUUUGUUUUUUGCAAAGCCAUUCACAUUCCAGUACGUGUGGUCAGGUUUAUUAGUUAUCCUUGGCAUAUUUCUCAAUGUUUACAGCAAGAAUAUGGAUAAAAUCAGAUUGCCUUCACUGCGCCGUCUCUGGAAUAAAUCUCUGGAAGAUAGAAAGACAAGGACGUUAUCCCAAACAGUAUAGAACUGGCUUGUGCCAUGUGUUGGCAUUAGACUGUUUGCUUCUGUUCUUUCCUUGCAAUAGUCUGCAGGCGAAUCCUUUUCCAAAGGGAAGGAUGUUAAAAAAUACCAAAGGCAUUGAAGGCGCUUUUGUCUACUACCAGAGGACUGAAGUCAGCUUGUCUGCAAAACUUUGUUUGAGCACUUGGAUUCCCUUCUUGGAAGGGAUUGGUUGAAUGAUGUCAUUGGACAAGGAACAUGGGAAAAUAAUAAUUCUUGGGAAAGCUGCUAUUGAAAUUGUGUCUCUGAACGGAACACUUGGGAGAGUGAGUUAUGUGAUUAAUUUGGGCAUUUUAAUUGUAUAAAAGGUGCUUUGGCAGUGGCUGAAAUCAGUGGACCUUGUUUUAUUGUUGGAAUGUGUUUAUUUAAAUGUAAUGUCUUAAUCGAUACAAAUCAAAACUUGAUCGAUAAAAGUGAAAAUUUAAACCUCCAAGGUUGAGAUCAUUAUGCCAGUUUUUUUUUUCUUUUUAAAUAAUAAAAUCUAUCCCAGAUUGUUUUUAAAACCUUUGUUCUCAUUGUUUUAGCGCUGUGGAUUUCUUCUGAGAAAAACUAGAACUCCUCAUAAGGGCUUUUAAAGAAGAGAGUAAUUUUCUAUCUAUGCAUUUCCUAUCACAUAACUGGUUCUUUUAUGAAAUUAUCUUUCAACUAAUGUUAACAAGUAGGGCUGCACAAAUGUUCUGAGCUGAGAACGGCCAUUUAAGUGUUCCAAGCUUGAAAUAAAACUGAAGCAUGCUGAGAUGUCUCUUUCAAGAUUAAGACAAUGCAAAAUUGGUCCAGGCUUAAAACAAUAACUUGGCUACUUUGAAUUGUCAUAUGACGAAUAUUCUGAUCAUAAAAUGUAACCUUGAACAAACCAUUGCAACCUUAUAACAAAUUGUCCUGACUUCAAAUUAGACAAUAUAGAGUAUUCUGAGCUUAAAGCAAAAUUUAAAUAUUUCACUUUUGUUCUGAUUGAACAUUACAAUGCAAUUUUUUAAGGAGGAUCAUUUUGUUCUGAUCUUGGGAAAAAAAAUACAUUCCUCAUUUUAUUCAUAUCCCCACUUAUGAACAAGUAUUCAGAAAAGUUUGAUUAGCCAGCCAAUUUACAUCAUUCCACAAGAUACUGUUUCUUGCUACUUCUGCAUAUUGAAAUGAAAGAAAAGAAAGUUGGGAAAAUAGCUAGAGAGUAGCAGAUGAAUUAUUUUGUACAUUUUUUGAUAUUGUAAUUAAGUUAUAAAUUCGAUCAUUCUGUGGAGUUUUCUGUAGUGUGUAUUUUUUUAAAGCAAAUGCUAAAAUACUAUGCCACACUAAUUUUAUAGCUAAAUAAAUUAUGCACAUGAGUGAUA